AUGACCAGAAAAGGAAACCUGCAUGUAGUUGAGGAGCUGUACAACCAAAUUCCAGCAUUUACAGAUGUCUUCUCUGAAGACAGUUUCUACGUUUUUGUGGUCUUUUUUGUCAUGUCCACAAUUUUGGUUGCCUUUAUCCUGUCUAGAUUUAUAACAAUUAAGCCUGUAGAAUAAUAUAGUUAUCAAAGAUUAAAUUUAAUAUGAUCUA